UGCACGUGGCCUUACCUUGAUACCCAAGCUCGAGCCGCUCCUGCCUGGGACACUACUUAUUUUGCGACUGGGGAAGCUCCGAACUCCAUUUUGUGUGCAGCAAGACACCGAACAGUUUACGGGCAAUGUGGAGGAAAGUACUGGCAGCCGCAACCGGCAGUGUACUUCACCACCCAUGGCGCACAAUAGCUUGCCGUCACUCAACCAACGUCUCCUCCGCCGUCAACUCCAUGCUCCUCCGCUCCCUCAAAGAUCACUACCUGGAAGUCUCCAAGAUGUCCCCUCCCACUAAGGUGAGCCCUCCCUCGCCGUUCACUAUCGUGAAAGGCGCGCUGGACGGCAGUGGUCCUGUCCUCAAGCGGAGCUAUGGCGACCACGAAGAAAUUAGCAUUUCCGUGAUGCGAUUGGCUAAUAUAAUCCCCGGUGGCGCUGGCGAAGAUGAUGGGGAUGAUAGCAUUAAUCAGUUGUUUCUUCACGUGGACGUGUCGAAGCCAGGGCAGCAGGAUUCUUUGCACCUUCUGUGCGGGUUGUAUCCAGACGCAUUGGGAAUUCACUCCAUUUCGAUGCGGCCCAAGGCUGAGAGCUCAGGGUUCCUCAUCCUUCCGUCUCAGUACAAUGGGCCGGUUUUCGAAGACCUUGAUGAAAGGAUGCGAGAUGCACUCCACAGUUACAUAGAAGAGCGAGGAAUAAAUGAGGAUCUCUUUCCUUUUCUUCAAGCAUGGCUUUAUGUGAAGGAUCACCGGAACCUCAUGCGUUGGUUCAAAUCAGUUGGCACAUUCAUUAAUGAAAACAAGUCGGCCAAAGAUAGUUAAGAUAAAGUGGUUUCAAUGUCCAAAUUAGUCAUGUGUCCUAUUUGUUAAGUGGUGCAUGCUAUAUUUAAAAGAAAUAGUUUUGUAAGACAACUGCGGGGAUUCUACUCUAACGCCAUGGAUGGACCAGGCCAGAUAUAGUGUCCUUCAAUUCUCAAGUUAUUUACAUAUCAUUAAUGCAGUUAGUUGAGUCCACUAGUCUUUUUUUUUUUUCUUUGAUAAGUAAGUCCACUAGUCUUUUGGGACCAUGGAUUUGCUCACUUGUUCAUUGUUUCCAUUUUUGACUUACCGAAUAGCUGAAGCUACGACUCCAUGAAUGGCACUCAUCAUCACUAUUUCUGAUA